AUGGGAAUCGACGGUCAAAAACCCCUCCUUCCUCUACUGCUCCUGGUUAUCGCCACCGCCGCCGUCUUUCCAGCAUCUUCGCGAUCUCCGCCGUCACAGCCGGCAGCAACACUUCCAUCCUUCCGACGCGCCCCACUGUUUCCCGGUAAACGCUCACACCCAAUCAAAGUCCAACAGCGGCAGCAGUACAAUUACCAGACUCGAUACUUUCUCCAGGACCUCGAUCACUUCAGCUUCGCCGAUCUUCCCAAGUUUCGACAACGAUACCUCAUAAACACAGAGCACUGGAUUGGUCCUGAACGGCGGGGGCCGAUUUUCCUCUACUGUGGAAAUGAAGGUGACAUCGAGUGGUUCGCCGUCAACACCGGCUUUGUAUGGGAGAUUGCUCCGAGGUUUGGCGCCAUGAUCCUUUUCCCCGAGCAUCGUUACUACGGGGAAUCGAUGCCGUACGGGAGCCAGGAAGAAGCUUAUAAGAACGCUACAACAUUGGCGUAUCUAACUGCUGAGCAAGCACUUGCUGAUUACGCAGUGUUGAUCACGGAUUUGAAGAGGAAUUUAUCCGCCGAGAAUUGCCCGGUUGUGCUGUUUGGUGGAUCUUAUGGCGGAAUGUUAGCAGCGUGGAUGAGGCUCAAGUAUCCACACCUUACAGUUGGUGCACUGGCUUCUUCAGCUCCAAUUCUUCAAUUCGAAAACAUCGUGCCACCGGACACGUUUUACAACAUCGUUUCGAAUGAUUUCAAGCGUGAAAGCACCAGCUGCUUUGAUACCAUAAAGAAGUCAUGGGGUGAAGUAGAGGCCGAGGGCCGGAAAGACAAUGGCCUUUCACUAUUGACCAAAACUUUCCACUUCUGUCGGGAGUUGAAAAGUACUGGAGAUCUCAUUGGCUGGUUGGAAUCUGCUUAUAGCUAUUUGGCAAUGGUGGAUUACCCUUAUCCAUCUUCCUUUAUGAUGCCUCUGCCUGGCCACCCAAUUAGAGAGGUCUGCAGGAAAAUUGAUGACAGUCCUGAAGGGAGUAGUGUAUUGGAGCGCAUUUUUGCUGGUGUAAGCAUCUAUUAUAAUUACACUGGUACAGCUAGCUGCUUUGAACUUGAUGAUGAUCCACACGGUUUGGAUGGUUGGAAUUGGCAGGCAUGCACUGAGAUGGUUAUGCCAAUGUCCAGUGACAAGGAAACAAGCAUGUUUCCUCCGUAUGAUUUUCUUUACUCUGAUUACGAACAGGACUGCUGGAGAACUUUCAGUGUUCUGCCAAGACCUAGAUGGGUGACAACAGAAUUUGGUGGACAUGAUAUCCGCACUGCCCUGAGAACAUUUGGAAGCAACAUGAUAUUCUCUAAUGGUCUGCUGGAUCCAUGGAGUGGUGGCAGUGUCUUGCAGAAUGUAUCCGACACAAUUAUUGCCCUUGUUACGGAAGAAGGUGCGCACCACAUCGAUUUGCGGCCUUCGACCCCAGGGGAUCCUGACUGGUUGAUCCAACAGAGAGCAACUGAGAUCAAGCUUAUCCGAGGUUGGAUAGAUGACUACUCCAAGGCGAAGCACCAGAAAUCAACCUUCAACAUGUAG